UCUCGUUCAUUCGCAGUCUGGGCGCGUUCGGAGGAGGACGGCGGGAGAGGAAGGCGUUCUUGGGACCUCGCGGGCUCACGGCUUCUCGCUCUUCGCCGCGUCGCUGCGAUCUGGGGAAGGUGUAACCGGGCAGCCAGGCGCGGGAGAACCGCAGGAGAGCCAUGGGUGCCGGGAGCUCCACGGAGCAGCGGAGCCCGGAGCAGCCGGAGGCGGGGAGCGCCACGCCGGCCGAGCCCGAGCCCAGCGCCGGCGGCCUUGCGGCGGAGGAGGCUCCCGGCGCGCAGGGGGAUCCGGCCAUCGCCGCCGCCGACCCCGCCACCAAGCUCCUCCAGAAGAAUGGUCAGCUGUCUCCUGCCAAUGGCUUAGCUGAGGAAGAAGAUUUCAGCCCCCAGGAGGGAGCCCUGAAUGGCCAGGAAGAAGAAGUCCCUGUCACAGAUGUUGGACAGAGAGAGUCGGAAGAUGUGAGCGAAAGAGACUCAGAUAAAGAGAUGGCUGCUGGUUCAGUGGUUGUGGGCGACAUCACAAAGGAUGGGCAGGAGGAAGUGCCUGAAAUAAUCGAACAGAUUCCUUCUUCAGAAAGCAAUUUGGAAGAGCUAAUACAACCUACUGAGUCCCAGUCUAACGAUGUUGGAUUUAAGAAGGUGUUUAAGUUUGUCGGCUUUAAAUUCACUGUAAAAAAGGAUAAGACCGAGAAGGCUGACACGGUCCAACUGCUCACUGUCAAAAAAGACGAAGGUGAAGGAGGAGGGGCCCCGGACGGGGCUGGCGACCACCAGCAGCCCAGCCAGGAGACCGGGGAAGCAACAGCCAAAGAAAGUGAGCUAAAACAAUCCACAGAGAAACCCGAAGAAGCCCUCAAACACGAGCAGAGCACCACGGAAAUUUCGCUUCAAGCUGAGUCUGGCCAAGCAGCAGAGGAAGGCAGAGACGGAGAAGAAAAGCAAAAGGAGCCCACCAAGUCUCUAGACUCCCCGACGAGUCCCCUGGCCAGCGAGACAGCGUCACCCUUCAAAAAAUUCUUCACUCAAGGUUGGGCCGGCUGGAGAAAAAAGACCAGUUUCAGGAAGCCUAAGGAGGAUGAGCUGGAAGCUUCAGAGAAGAAAAAGGACCAAGAGCCAGAAAAAGGAGACACACAAGAACAGGAAGAGACCUCUGAGAAAGCGGCUCCUCCUGAACAGCCACAGCCACAGGAGGCCCCCGAGAGCGCCGGCGAGGCCCGACUGUCGGCGGAAUAUGAAAAAGUGGAGCUGCCCUCCGACGACCAAGGGCAGGAGGCCUCUGAAGAGAAACCCGCCCCUCUAGCGACGGAAAUAUUCGACGACAAGGUGGAGAUCGUCGCAGAAGUCCACGUCGUCAGCACGGCAGAGAAGAAAACCGAGGAGCAGGAAGCCGAGGCGGAGGAAGCGGAAGCCGCGGAGCCCCCGCCACCUGAAACAGCUGUGGAAACCCCGGCUGAACUUGAGAAAGCCAGGCCCGCGGCGGAGCCGGCGAAGGCCACGGAAGCGUGCGCCCCCGGCGGUGACCACAGCCGCCCCGCCGACCCGAGCCCCGAGGAGAAAGCGCCCCCCGCCCACCCCGAGGGCCUCGCGAGCGAGGCGGAUGUGCUGUCCUCGCAGGAGAGAACGAGGGCGCAGGGCAGCCCUUUAAAGAAACUCUUCACCAGCACCGGCUUGAAAAAGCUUUCCGGGAAGAAGCAGAAAGGGAAGCGAGGGGGAGGAGACGAGGAGGCCGGGGAGCAUCAAGCCGCAGCGGAGUCCCCGGACAGCACCGACGAACAGAAGGGCGAGAGCUCCGCUUCGUCGCCCGAGGAACCGGAGGAGAUCACGUGUCUGGAGAGAGGCGUCGCGGACGCACAGCAAGAGGGGGACGCCGAGGAAGGCGCUGUUUCGGACGGGGAGAAGAAGCGAGAAGGGGUCACUCCCUGGGCGUCUUUCAAAAAGAUGGUGACGCCCAAGAAGCGUGUCCGAAGGCUUUCGGAGAGUGAUAAGGAGGACGAAUUGGAGAAAGUAAAGAGCGCCACCCUGUCUUCCACGGAGAGCGCAGCCUCCGAGACGCAAGAGGAAGCAAAAGGCAACGGAGAGGAGCAAAAGCCCGAAGAACCAAAGCGCAGGGUGGAUACUUCAGUCUCCUGGGAAGCUUUAAUUUGUGUGGGAUCGUCCAAGAAAAGGGCAAGGAAAGCAUCAUCUUCUGACGACGAAGCGGCGCCAAAACCAGCGGGAGGAGAGGGCCAGAAGCCAGACGAUGCAGGAAAAGACAAAGAAACGGGACCAGAUGCUGCCCUCGCUAGUUCCCAGGAACAUGAUCAAGGGCCAGGAAGCUCCUCACCCGAGCAAGCUGGGAGCCCCACUGAGGGGGAGGGAGUUUCCACCUGGGAGUCAUUUAAAAGAUUAGUUACUCCAAGGAAAAAACCCAAGUCAAAACUGGAAGAGAAGAGCGAAGACUCCGUAACUGGGCCUGGCUUAGAACAUUCAGUUUCAGAUGUCGACCCCGGGAAAGAAGAGUCUUGGGUUUCAAUUAAGAAAUUUAUUCCCGGGCGGAGGAAGAAAAGGUCAGAUGGGAAACCGGAUCAAGCCACCGUUGAAGACACGGGGCCAACAGAGGUCAACGAAGAUGAUUCUGAUGUCCCAGCUGUGGUACCUCUGUCCGAGUACGAUGCAGUAGAAAGGGAGAAAACCGAAGCACAGCAAGCCCAGAAGGGCGAGGAGAAGCCUGAGCAAAAGGUAGCUGUUUCUGUGUCAGAGGAGCUCGGUACAACUCUGGUUCAUGCUGUGGCUGUGACUGUUGUUGACGGGGCAAGGGCUCUUAGCAGUGUUGAAGAAAGGUCACCCUCUUGGAUAUCUGCCUCAGUGACAGAACCUCUUGAACAAACAGAAGAGGAAGCCAGACCCCUAACUGAGGAGGCAUUUGAAGGGGAAGUCCUUGCAGAGGAAACCCCCGUUGUUGCCAAAACUCUGCCAGAGGGUCAAGACGCCAUUGACAACACAGUCGUCAGCGAGGUGGAGUUGACUUCUGAAGCUGUGACAGCUGCAGAAACUACAGAGGCAUUUUGUGCCGAAGAAGCAGCAGAAGCAUCUGGUGCUGAAGAGACCACCGACAUGGUCUCAGCUGUUUCUCAGUUAACUGACUCUCCAGUCACCACAGAGGAGGCGACGCCAGUUCAGGAGGUGGAAGGCGGUGUGCCAGACAUAGAAGACCAAGAGAGGCGAACUCAAGAGGUCCUGCAGGCAGUCGCAGAAAAAGUUAGGGAGGAAUCACAGUUGCCCGACACCAGAGGGCCAGAAGACACGAUGCAGACAGUGCAGGAAGUAGGGGCCGAAAUUCCAGAGAAGGUAGACGCGGAAGAGGGUUCUCAAGAGCCGGAUCUGAAGAAAGAGACGGACGUAGUGACGGAAGUACACAUAGAAGAAACUGAGACUGAGACCUUGACACGGGAGGAGGUGGUUGUACAGGCCACCCCCGAAAGCUUGGAACAAGUUCCUCAAGUCGCAGACAGUGUAGAGCCUAGUGAGCUUAGAACCACUUGUCCAGCUGAAACCUUGGUUGGGGUAAAAUCAGAAUUUAUUCUAGAACAGGCUGUUGCUCCCGAUUCAGCUGAAACCCUUACCGACAGCGAGACCAACGGAAGCACCCCAGUAGCAGAUGUUGAGGCUCUAAAUGUAACACAGCAAGAGAAGAUGACAGACAUCCACGAAGAUCCCGAGGUCGCCUCUGGGGUACAGUCACAGAUCACAGAAGCAGAGGCCGUUCCUGCACCAGAACAGAUGCCUCCAGCACCUUCUAGUCUUCAAUCCCAGGAAGAAGAUACAGGACAUUCAAAAAUGGAAGAGGUCCGGGAACAUACAGAUGAAGAGGUAGCAGUGGAAACUGUGCCCGUUCUUUCAAAGACUGAAGUGACGGAAGAGGACGGCCAGUCUACUGACCGGGAAGCCAAAGACACACCGCUUGUUGAAGGCCCUGAGGUGUCUACAGACACUGAAACAACAGUCGGUGAGAAAGAGACCAUGGAGGUUGCCCUUGAAGAUGAAGUCACCGAAGAACCUGAAUUUCAGAAGAAUGAGGAUACCGAACUCCAGAGCCACACGCCAUCUCCUCCAACCCAAGUGGAGGAAGAGCUGGUAGUUGAAGUAGAAAGGGAGAAAGCGGAAGCAAAGCCAACCCCAGCGAGUGAAGAGGAACUUGAGCAAAAACCAGCCGUGACCGUUUCUGAAGAGCUUAGUAAGCAGCUGGUGCAGACGAUUAGUGUGGCCGUCCUCGACGGGGAAAAGGAGGUGACCAGUUUGGAAGAAAGUUCUCCUGGGCUGGCUCAGGAGGACGCGGUAUACACAGAAACUCCAGCUCAAAGCUCUGAGCCGUCAUUACCUCUAACGGCUGCAGCAGUGGAGGAGAAGGUCUUGGGAGAAACCGUCAAGAUUUUAGAAACACCUGAAACCCUGGAAUCUGCAGAUGCACAUUUAACACCAGAAGAAAAACCCUCUGCAAAAGAUGAGGACUUCACUGCUCAGCCAGGGGAAGACGAGGUGCCCGCAGGGACGGAGUCUCGGCCGGAAUCCGUACCGGAGGCCGUAUCGGCCACGCCUGAGGGAGGCAUCAGUGCUGACCUGGAAGCAGACAAAACCACACCGCAGAAACGGGCCUCAGAUGAAGAGGACGAGCCGGCUGGUUGCCAGGAAGCCCAAGUAAGUGAAACUAGCAAGGAAGAUUUAAAGGCUGAAAACGAGAUUUUGAAACUUGAGACUGAGAGCAGUAAGCUUGUACAAAAUGUGAUCCAGACCGUUGUUGACCGGUUAGUAAGUACUGAAGAAACAGCCGUUGAUUUGCAGACACAGGCUCAACCUAUACAAGCUGACACCCAGGAGGCUAGACCGCAAAUGGAGGAGAAAGAAAGGGAACUUCAGGCCUCUGCACAGGAUGAAACACACACCGUUGCAGCCGAAGAAGAAUCCACGCUAACCACCGUGGAACAAACCCACUCUGACGUUUCCAAAGCUGUGAGCGAAGCUUCCGAAGGGAUUCCAGCCGCGGAGGUAGAAGGUUCCGGUGUAACCGACCAGCAGCUCGAAGAGGCAGUUCUCCCGUCGGAGGAAAAGAAAGAAACAACUGGAACAAAGUCUAUUCCAGAAGAUGGCGAUCGCGCCGAGUUAGGCGAAAGGAUAGAGAAGUCACUGUCUGAAUCCCAGGAAGAUGAAAAGGAUGAUGCCGUUGAUGACCCUGAGAGCCACCACUCAGCCCUGGAAGAUUCUGAGGCCUCAGGAGGCUUAACCAAAGAGUCCCUGGACACAGAUGGGCCAGCGCUGAAAGAGGAGGAAGGUGGCCAGGAAGUAGAAUUUCAGGAAGGAAAAGCCCACGGUGAGUCAGAAGAAGAGAUCGAAACCCAGACACCGGGAGAGACGCAGAAGCAAGAGGAAGAACCAGCAAAAUCAGAACCCACAGGAUCCUAAAACAUCACUUCUGCCCCGUGUGUUUGCAACACCAGAAUGUGAAGACAGGCAGUAGGAGGAGAUGAACGCUGCUGACAAAGACUCACGACCAGUAUUUCAGACUCCGAACCGAAGAACAGGCCCAUCGACUGACCUCCUCUCUGGAGCACCCUGACAACCCUGAGGCAGCAAUCGGGGGCUACAGCCAUUUACCGUGUCCUCUGCAGGGCCACCCCUCUUCCCCGCCGCCGAUACCAUGUAAUGUUUCUGAUUUAAGGUCCCCAAUUCUCCACUCGGAACUGGAGUUGGCCGCACCUAGUUCUGCUUCUCAAACUGGAGUAUCAUUCCCUGUGUAUUUAUAUGUAUGUUUUAAGUAACCCUCCUGUAUCUAUUGUAAAUUUUUUCCUUAACGAUUAAGGAAAUGUACAAUACGGUGCAUUCCUUUUGUAUCACGCAGGAUGUGGUGGAAGCUCUAAGCCUCAGCUGUAACCUGUGACAACAGCUUCCUUAGAAACAACAUUCCUGAUCAGAAGCUACGGUUCGUACUUCAAAACCCACUGAGGGUCGGGUCCGUGUUUCAGGCCGCUCUGAAAUCGCUCACUUUCCUGUUCUGCACAGUGUGCUAAAAAUAAAAAGCUUUUUGGGGGGGGGAACACAGAAGGUUCCAUUGUUACUGUGAAAUUUUUCUUUCUAGCCCAGUGGGGGUUGGAAGGGAGUUUUUUUCAGUAGCGGGUUAACUUUAAGCCUUUUCUCUGAAUUGUUGUGGCCGUUUGGACAGAUGAGUGCGCUUGAAUCCCGAGGCAAAGUAGUGAAGUGUUUUUCAUCUUAUCAAAAAGUAAUCGACUAUUUUAAGUUUUCUAUUCUACUCUUAUACGCUGGACCACAUGCACACACAGCAUGAAGUAAGGUUCUUUACAGAUGGUAUUUUGCUAGGUACUGGAUUGUGUCUGUGCCAUAUCUGUGCCCACUCUUUUAAGGACAACGUUGCAUUAAGUUCCUUUGGAUAAACUGUGAUUUGACAUCUGAUUUAAAUAAAAUAUUUGCUUCACUUAGA